GCCCGUCUACGUUAGACGCUGUAAAAUAAUCAAACACACCCCUUUCUUUUAGAUUGAGCAACAGCUACAAGUUAUUUCUUCAUAAUAGUUAGCCUGUCAUUGCAGUGAAAUAAUGAAGAAAACAUUGCAGGGCCACCACGGUAACUUGAACAAAAGAAUGCACCCGUCUGCUGUUAGAACUGCAGCUGCAGUGUGAAGUUGUUUUGUUUUUUAUGUGCCGCUAUGUCUCACAGAAAGCGUAAACGGUUGUCUAGGGACCUGCAGUGCGUUUUGUUCCCGGACGAUGCUGCAAGUGUUGGACAUGAUGUAAGGAAGGAGUCCGCAUCUCUUUCGUCCACCUCCUCUGCCAAGAGCUGGGAGAAGUGUGGGGACAGUUUUUUGGAGUCUCCACAGACUCCAAAGUCGUCAGGAAAACCUCUGUCCAUCAUCCGCAAGUUGAUCCCUUCUACAGGGCAGACACAUGAGGACCCAGUGGAUAUUGCAUGGAGUGACAGUGACAGUGAGGAAGGGUCUGAUUACGAUACCCGGGAAAAGCAUCAAAUUUCAGCUGAUGCUCAGCAGCAGCAGCAGCAGCGUCUCCAUCCAAGACCCUCUACGCACAUCCAGUCUUUUACCAAAGCACUGUUUAUGAACGUCACUGAUAAAGAUGACCUUCCAGUUAUCGACGCUGACAGUGAUCUCAACGUGUCUGAGCAGGACGACGUCAAGGACAGUGAGCAGGAAAUCUCAGAGUGUGAAUCGGAGUCUUUUGAUGGAGAGAAAGAUUCAUUGUCCAAACCUGCAGAUGAGGAGAGGCCGGAGAUUUCAGGUUAUGAGUCUGAUGGAGAAACAAUUUGUAACUCAGUGACCUCCAGCCGACUGGACUCUCAGGGCUUUCCUCUCAGAACUGCUGAGGGCAGCAGAGGGUCAGUCAGUGACUGGGUCAGAUCUGCGAAGGCGAUGCUGCAGACACCUCAGAAACGGCUGGAACGUCAGUUCAAGACCCCUGACGACUCGGCCAAGAAGAAGAAAAAGUUUCAAAGUGGAGGUCUUGCUGAAAGGCUGAAUCAACUGCAGCGCAGACAGAGGUCAGCGAUAAGCUUCUGGAGGCACCAGUGCAUCUCAGACUCCUCAACAAGAACAACAGCAGUGGACAGGGCUGGUGUGCUCAUGCUGGAGGUGCUGGAGGUUCAGAAGGAGUGCAGCAUGCAACUGGCACUCUGUGAGUACCACCAGCCACAGGGAGAGGGCCACCAGCAAAGCUCCCCGGUCCCCGCAGAGGCAGCUUGCGUGCUGGUGUUAUUCAACCAAGAGACUGCAGCCCAGCUUAUGCCUGCACCCAGAGAUGUCAUUCACAUUCACCCACCAUGGCAAAGUCUUUCAAUUGAGGGCUUUAGCUACGAGGUUAUUCUGAACACACACUUCAGCCAGAAGGUCUAUUCGGAUCCUAAUCCUGCCGACAUGACUGGGAAGCCCAGUAAAAUUGGUGAAAUAUUCAAACUUCUGGAGAUGUGCAAGAUAAAUGAGCCCGGUGCUCCUAGUAUCAUGCCCAGAUUUGGAGGCUGGGGGGAUUUUGCAGAACACAGUGUUUCUCUCCUGGAACUCAUUGAAGGACUGGGCCAGGCUGGCUCUGUAGGACAGGACAUAGAGGUGGUGGUUCAGAGAGUUUUCUCAGUACCUCUGCCUAACUGCUCUGCUGCGUCCGUCCUCAGGCCCAGAGGUCCCUCCAGGUCAUCCUCAACUCUUCCUCCUCUUUCUCCCGCAGAGAAGGACAAAACCAGGCUCUGUGUCCUUGUCCAGGACAGCUGUGGCACUUGCAGCCUGGUCCAGCUUCAACCCCUGCCCUGCAAGGACGAUGUCCUUCAGUUUUGCCAAAAGUGGCAGGGCAGGACCUGUGUCCUGAGAGGCGUCAAAGUAAUGCAGCGGGUCACACGAGAGAAGCGCAGCAGGCUUUUCAGCUUGAUUGACAGUCUGUGGCCUCCACUGCUGCCUCUGAGAGAUCCUGGAAACACACCAAGCACGUCCACUGAAAGCAGAGCUGCAGCUCCAGCUCCGAGCUUCUGCUACCUUCUCUCAGGUCAGGAAACCUCUAUUGAACCCACGGAGGGGCAGAGUUCGUCCAAGCUCUACAUUCCCCCCAGGAUACAGACCUUACGAGAGAUACUACAGGGUGAGAAGCCUGGUCGUUGCAGCUUCGUUGCCACAGUGAUAUACAAGAAGCUUCAGCAUCAGAGCUGUGGUGUAGGCCAGGGCGAGGUUUGGUUAGUGCUGACAGACCCGAGUCUUCAGGAGGAGCAGCCUGAGAAGGGUUGCAGGCGAACAGUUGCCAUGUGUGUGAGCACCUCCUGCGUGCUCACUUCCUCUGUCCUCGAGGCACUUCACUCCCCCGCUGCCUGUCACAUGUCGUUCAGAGAUGCCAUCAAGGAACAUGGCGUCCUCCUGUGUGCAGAGCUGUCUGUUGUCGAGCUCUUCUCUGCGGAGCCUGAUUCCAGCCUUGAGCCCACAGCGAGGCCAGAGGAGCCGCCGCAGUUGUUGACCCGACUCCAGCCGAAGUCCCUCCCCCAACCUGUGAAACUGGAUCCAUUGAGUCUGGAGACCACACCCCACUCCCUCUGCACUCUCACAGGGGUGAUAGUCGGUGUGGACGAGAACACAGCUUAUUCCUGGCCCGUCUGCAGUUUCUGUGGAAGCGAUGACUUACAGACCGCAGCAGAAAGACAUCAGAGCUUCUACUGUGUCUCCUGUAAGACAACAGUGGACAAGCCAGACAUGAGGAUUCAGCUGGAGGUGUUUCUCAGCUCUUCAAUAAACAAUUGCACUUUAAAAGUUAAGCUGCAGAAAAAGACAAUCCUGUCCAUUCUGAACACAGCAGCACUGGAGGGCGAUGAGUUCCCAGGUUACGAUGUGGAGAAUGUCCUGGGAAAGGAGGUGGGCCCCAUCACUGUUUACGUCCGAAUCAUCACCAGCAAACCUGCCCCCUGGAUUGGCCUGGAAGAGAUCUGCCUCUAAUGGCUGUCAGAACUAGUAGUUAGUGAUAUCAGACCUUUGGCCCACUGAGGAGCUGCAUGCACACUAGGUCUUGGUCUGAGCCAGUUUCAGUUCAACCCCCCUCCCCCCCACAUCCCCAGUGAAGGCCUCCCUUACAGCUCAGGGCUGUUGCUGAAGUCAACGGGCCGCAUGCAGAGAGACAAGUUCUUGUUUGUGUUAAUGAUAUGUGAUCCUGAGCAGCAGGAACUGACAGGCCCCAGGGUAGACCUGUGGCAUGCAGUCCUGUCAAAGCAGCCCACGUGGUCCAUCAGCCUGGACCUGACGUUAAAACACAGGCUUCUGGGUUCCAACCACAUUGUGAUGUUGAUCUGAACUCAUGUUCUACUUCUGUAUUUGAGGUCACUGUGUACAUAAAACCGUUUCUUUGCUGACUUAAA